AUGGAGACUGAGGCCACCCCCUCUGAGUCACGACCAACCACCCCGGAACCUCCGGGCUAUGUGAAUCCUCUCGAGUCCAGCUCAAGAUGGUACCUGAUUGCUCGUGCCCAAGCCAUUCGCUCUGCUGCGAGUCUGGGUUUCAGCAUCGCCAAUCGCACUAGUCCUCCUGCACCAUCACCCACGCGAGACAUUUGGCUCGAUGCCACGCUGUCAAAAGCUGCCCCCAGUCAGGCCGACCGCGCCAAGACCAAGAUCAAGGCUGAAGUAUGGAUGCCGCCCCGUCCCGCUCUCGGCGCCAGAGCUGCCGUUAUAAACUUUCACGGCGGUGGUUGGAUCCUCGGUCAGGGUACUGACGAUGCCCGUUGGGCCGGGGCCAUCAUGGCUAAUCUGGAUGCGGUUGUCUUUACUGUCAACUACCGUCUAGCGCCUUCAUGUCCUUUCCCAACCCCAAUCGAGGACUGUGUCGAUGCUGUUCUCCAGAUCAAGCAUCGCGCUGCUGAGUUUGGUAUUGACCCUGAUCGAAUCGUUCUUUCAGGAUUCUCCGCAGGGGCCACAAACGCGAUUGCAUCCUGGCUCAUUCUCAACGACCCUGGCCGAUGGGGCUACAAGUUCCCCUUUGAACCCCCAAAGAUUGCGGGCAUUGCACUCUACUACCCCGUCCUAGACUGGACCAUAUCCCGUCCUGAGAAGCGACUUACAUGCUCAAAGCCCGAGUUCACCUUGCCCAAGGGUCUGACGGAUUUAAUUGAUGCCUCCUUCAUCUACCCCAUCAUUCCCCGUGAGGAAAGGUCUGAUCCACGCUUGUCACCAGGCCUGAUGCCAGAUGAGCUGCUGAAAAAGCUUCCCCCUAUUCAUCUGGUCCUAUGCGAGUAUGACAUGCUCCUCGCCGAAGGUCUCAAGUUCUCGAAUCGCCUCAAGGCUGCUGGAAAGCAGUUCACGCUGCGCAUUGUCGAGGGUGAGAGGCACGCCUGGGAUUGUCCACCUCCUAUGACGCCAAAGGAGAGCGUCAUGACCGAGUAUCAAGUAGCUGUUGAAACCAUAGCUAGUUGGUUUGGAAAGAAGUGUGAGACCGACACAGAGUCACUACGGUCCAUGAAACUCAAGCGAGCAGUCUUCAAACGACCCAAAUACCUCUCUUAUAACACCUGGUCCGGGUGGUAG